AUGGGUCGAGAAGCAAUCCGGACGGCGAUGCACGUUGAUCGCAACAAGCCUGCGGCAGAGCAACCGGGCGUUCACAAUCGUUGGCAUCCGGACAUCCCCGCCGCUGCAACCAUCAAAAAUGGUGAAACAGUGAAAAUAGAAUGCCUGGACUGGACCGGUGGACAGAUCAAAAACAAUGACUCUGCGGACGACGUGCGAGACAUUGACCUGACUGGAGUUCACUAUUUAACCGGCCCAUUCCACAUUGAGACUGCCGAACCCGGCGACGUUCUCCUGGUAGAGAUCCAGGACAUCCAACCAUUCCAGGACCAGCCAUGGGGCUUUACUGGGGUGUUUUCAAAGAACAACGGAGGCGGUUUUCUAUCUGAAUUCUACCCGCAGGCUGCCAAGGCAAUAUGGGAUUUUGAGGGCAUUUUCUGCUCCUCGAGGCAUAUCCCUGGCGUUCGUUUUGCAGGAUUAAUCCACCCGGGCAUUCUUGGCUGUGCGCCUUCCGCCGAAAUUCUAGCCGAAUGGAACAGGCGAGAAUCAGAACUCGUCCAAGAGUAUGGCUCAGACACGGUUGCGAGGCUUCCUGAGCCUCGCAAUGCCCAUACAGGUUCAGCAGAGGGCGAGGUCCACGCACGGAUCUGCAGAGAAGGCGCAAGAACUAUCCCAGGCCGCCCUGAACAUGGCGGAAACUGCGACAUUAAAAAUCUCAGUCGUGGUUCCAAGGUCUAUCUCCCCGUGCACGUUCCCGGCGCCAAAUUCUCCGUCGGUGAUCUCCAUUUCUCUCAAGGUGAUGGUGAGAUCUCCUUCUGCGGCGCCAUCGAAAUGGCAGGAGUAAUCACGAUUAAAUUCAACGUGAUCAAAAACGGCAUGGAGCAGAUAGGCAUGAAGUCACCGCUCUUCCACCAGGGGCCUGUGGAGCCUCAAUUUGGACCCGGUCGGUAUCUCACAUUUGAAGGUUUCUCUGUUGAUCAUAACGGAAAGCAGCAUUACCUAGACGCGACGGUGGCAUAUCGGGAGACCUGUCGUCGGGUCAUUGAGUACCUAAGACGGUAUGGGUAUAACGAUUACCAAGUGUACCUUCUCUUGAGCUGCGCGCCGGUUCAGGGGCAUAUUGCCGGCCUGGUUGAUGUUCCGAACGCGUGUACAACGCUAGGCUUGCCGAUGGAUAUUUUCGAUUUCGAUAUCAGGCCGGAAGUGCCAGCCCAGAAAAGGAACAUGGGCAGCUGUGCAUUCGCAAGUGAUCAUAAAGCGUAA